CUCUUCUUUCUUCAACUCUGUCAUCGUUCUCAUUCGACCUCAUUCCUACUCAUCGCCUCCAUCACUGCAUCUCUCCUACACCUUUCUCUCUCUGUACUCUUCUCUUUAAUUAAAUAACUAUUGGUCGCGUGAUGCAGAUCUCCGCCGCCUUUCGAAGGAGUCUUCAACCGUUAUUCUGGGUUGUGGCGAUCGCGAUCGUUUCCCUCGCUGGAUUGCGGGGAUUAUUUGAUCCAGCAGACAAGACACGGUGCAGCAGUCUCUUGAACCAUGGUUCGUGGCUGGACAGCGAGCGGACUCAUUGGCAGCCAAAGGGAUGCAUGCUCAGGACUUAUGAUAUCCAGCACAUAACAACAUGUAUGAGUGGAUCAAGGGUCGUUGUCAUUGGCGACUCAGUCGCACGUCAACUCUACUAUGCCAUCGUCAAGAAAGUCCUUCCUGAUGCCAAUACCGAGGGCAACAGGCACUCCGACAUUUACUUUCAGGAUCCAACCUCAGGAACAUCAUUCGAAUUCUAUUGGGACCCGGUACUGAACAUGACAAAGACUGCUUCUCUCUUGACUGGAUCAAGCAAUCGCGUCUUGGGCAAGGAAGUACAAACGCCAACGAUCUUCCUAGUCGGCUCAGGACUGUGGUAUCUACGCUAUCCAGAGUGGUCAGGAGGCGUCGAGCGGUGGCAGCAAGUCAUGGAGAACUUGGUUCGACAGAUGGGCAGCUCGCGUCUGGAGCCAUUGGCGCGACAUCUGUUCAUCUCACCCAUUCCAACGGUCAACACUGAAAAGCUGUCUGAAGAGCGGCUCCAUACACUCUUGCCAGUCGAUAUUGACAACAUGAACAACUAUCUCAGAGAUGCGACCAAGGACACUCCAGUCUCAGUGCCCUUCAGUUGGAACAAGAUGAGGGAGGCAGCCGGCAAUCAAACAAACGACGGUCUGCAUUACGUUGAGAAGGUUGUGACAGUCGAGGCAGACGUCCUGCUUAACUACGUCUGCAACAACAGGGUUCCCAAGAUCGCUCCCAUGAGCGCCACGUGCUGCUACAGUUACCCCUCUAAUCAUUGGUAUCAGACACUGAUGCUGGCCAUCUUCCUGAUCUGGCUCCCAGUAGGAUACAUUCUCCAAACAUACUACCAUGGCCAUCCGGUGUCGCGCUUCUUUCCCAGUGUGGGCAUUUUGCACUCGUUCGCGGUGGUAGCUGCGGCUGUGAUGUACAUGUACUAUGCCGAUCGCACUAGUCUAUUCGCCAAGGGUAGCAAGAUGUUUUCCGCGCCGUCAUCCAUUUACCUUGUCUUUUUGUGCCUCAUGGCCGGCUCCAUGACAUUAAAGAGAUCCGAAAAGGACCAGGCGUUCUUGAACAGGGACCAGACAGACGAGUGGAAAGGCUGGAUGCAGGUCAUGAUCCUUAUCUAUCAUUAUGUCGGUGCCUCUUCGAUAUCUGCUAUCUACAACCCAGUGCGGAUGCUGGUUGCCAGUUACCUUUUCAUGACUGGAUUCGGACACUUUGUGUUUUACUACAAAAAGGCCGACUUUGGAUUCAACCGCGUUGCCUCGAUCCUGGUGCGCUUGAAUCUGCUCACCAUUUUAUUGGCAUACACCAUGAACACGGACUAUCUGGCUUAUUAUUUCGCACCGCUGGUCUCUUUCUUCUACUUGGUCAUCUACGGGAUGAUGUAUAUCGGUCACUCGCAUAACCACAACCCCUUGUUCAUCCUCAGCAAGAUCCUGGUCACAUCCAUCCUGACCGCAACAGCUAUCCAUCGGCCUCUAGUCCUGGGCUCGAUGUUUAAGCUCCUGCAUUUUGUGUUUGGUGUCACUUGGUCAGCUGCGGAGUGGAGAUUCCGACUACAGCUGGAUGUAUGGAUCGUAUUCAUCGGAGCGCUCUUUGCAUAUGGAUUCACUAAGGCCCAGGAGGUGUCCAUCACGACUCACCCGCAGUGGAGCGUUAUCAGGAAGACCUCGAUCAUUGCGUCCGCUAUCGGACUCCUAGGAUACUUCUCAUUUGCGGCUUCUAUACAGAAGUUCGAGUACAAUCACUGGCACCCGUACAUUUCCUGGAUUCCCAUCCUCUCUUUCGUGGUCCUACGCAACAGCACUGCUCCUCUCCGGAAUACAGUUUCGACUUUUUACACGUUUGUCGGCAAGUGCUCGCUAGAAACCUUCAUCUGUCAGUUCCACAUGUGGCUCGCUGCCGAUACCAAGGGAAUCCUGGUCAUCUCGCCAUGGGUAGAAGGAGUAGGAGCCUGGACUAUCAACCUCGCUCUGUCAACGUUCCUGUUCUUCACUAUAGCGCACGUACUGAGUGGUGCAACAGGAGAGCUCUCGGACUGGCUGAUCACAGGACGCGAGCCAAAGCCCAAGGGACGCCCUGCCGUACAGACAGUACCUCUCACAGUGGUUACUAAUACGAGCGAUAAAGAGUACGAAAGCGGAGCCGGUCUUCCCGUUGCCGUAAAACGACAGUCGGUCAUGGUAUCACCCAUUGCAGCCUCGGCAGGAGCUGUGGGGCCGGCCACGCUCAAGAGUCUUAUGGAAGCAAGUCUCGAACUGGGAGAAUCCAAUGCCAUCACAAGUCAGGCUGGAAGGAUGGGUCAAAAAAUUGAAGUCCAGCUUCCGAAUGACCACUCCAAGGGCACCAAAACAGGGCAGAGCCCAACAAGCGCAUUCGGAAAAAGCAGCGAUAGCGGCAGCAGGGAUGACAGGACGCAGGACGGGGUCGUCCUCCAGAUCGAUGCCAGUAGGGUAGGCCGGGUACGGUCUGGCGGCGUUGUCGCUUCAGCAGCGCCACCAUCUGCAGAUGCAUUCAAGCGUCUCUGGAUGCAGCCAGGCUGGAAGGUGGCCAUUUUUUUCACGGUCAUUUGGGUGCUGAACUACGGAUCCACAUGAGACACACAUGGAAAGCAUAGCAAUAAAAAUCGCACGCAUCAUAUAC